GGCUAGUGGAGGCUGAUUCGCCCAAGAAUACAAACAAGCCGCCGGACAUAGUGGAAUCGGUUGAACAUGCGAAAAGCCGCUUGUUUAUGAAUUAACAUAAAUUCAGCCUCCAUGAAUGCGUGCUUUUAUUUCCUCUCUCCUUUGGAAGUGCCAGUAUAUACUUGCGCAUGAACUGGGAUACAACAUCCAGCACGCGUGACCAAUAGCUAAUCCUACAAUAGGAAACGCACAGUAACACUCCAGUAUGGCGGACAGUAUGAUGAGCAAAGCAGCCACUAUGGAGAUUCCUAUUAACAGUAAUGGGGACUCUAGAAACCUGGCAGAAGAUGACAGCCUGGAACAGGCUGCAAAGAUUCAGUGGAGCUUAAGAGAGAAGGUAGGGAGUCCUGCAGGCCUCAGGGACUUACAACAGGUCAUGGUGUCUGGGCCCAACCUAAAUGAGACCAGCAUCGUAUCAGGUGGUUAUGGAGGUACAACAGAAGGCAUCAUUCCGACCAGCUCCAUCAAAGGUCCUGCGCUCCAUAUUAACACUGACUUUUUGGGCAACAGACGCAUUCCAAAUGAUGGGCAAGGGUCCAACAUGCAUCACGCCAGUAGCAAUUCCUCCAUGACAGCAGAAGAAGCCACAAGAGGUGUUGCUGUGGAGAAAUUCGACAUUAUGAAGAAAUGGGGCCUGAACACAUACAAGUGCACCAAACAGAUGAUCUCUGAGAGGUUUGGCCGUGGCUCGCGUACUGUGGAUUUGGAGCUGGAGGCUCAGAUCGAGGUUCUGCGGGAAACCAAGAGGAAGUACGAGAAUGUGCUGCGUUUAGCGCGAGCGCUAACCAACCACUUUUACAGCAUGGUACAGACGCAGCAUGCCCUCGGAGACACUUUUGCAGACCUCAGUCAGAAGUCUCCAGAACUUCGGGAUGAGUUUGGAUACAAUGCAGAAACACAGAAGUUGUUGUGCAAGAAUGGAGAGACUCUGCUCGGUGCCAUCAACUUCUUUGUGUCCAGCAUCAACACGCUGGUGAACAAAACAAUGGAAGACACGUUGAUGACUAUCAAGAUGUAUGAGAAUGCCAGGCUAGAGUUCGAUGCAUACAGGGCGGAUCUGGAAGAGUUGAACAUGGGCCCGCGGGACGCUGUUACUAUGGCUCGUAUCGAGACUGCUCAGCAGCAGUACCAGAUCCACAAGGACAAAUAUGAACGUCUCCGCAGUGAUGUUAGCAUCAAGAUCAAGUUCCUGGAAGAAAACAAGGUCAAAGUGAUGCACAAGCAACUUCUGCUGUUCCAUAAUGCCAUCUCUGCCUACUUUGCUGGAAACCAACAACAGCUGGAACAGACCCUCAAGCAGUUCAACAUUAAACUCAAACCACCAGGGGCCGACAAACCUUCUUGGCUGGAGGAACAGUGAAAGUGCCCAUUUACCCCUGGUUUCCUGUUAUAUGUCUUUAACCACACAGAGCAACACAGUAGGACCACAAGAGACCAGCGUUCUGAGAUGCUUGCAGAGAAGGGCUACAACAAAGCCUCCUUAACAUUAACUCUUUCUAUACUUCUCUUCCUUGAUUCUUCUCCUCCUCCUCCUCCUCCUCCUCAACCUGUCCUUGCUCUGAGACUAGUCACCUCUAGUAUGUAACCGCCGGUCCUAAAGGCUCCAAUCAAAUAUCAAAAGUAUCAGUUGAAGCUUCAUCCCUAUAAAUAUCAUUAAACCGACUGAAACAAUCCUUCAGAUGUGUAAGUCAGAACAGCUGUUUUAUCCAGAUUACUCUCAGUCUUACUCACACUCUCUCUCUCUCUGUCAGUGACCACAUCUUUAGGAACUCUUUCCCUUUGUUAUUUUUUUGUGAAAAGGGUUUUAUUUUACUACUACGAUCUUUUUUUUUUUUCUUUAUUGUAGAUUUAGUCUCAUAGCUAAUGGGGGAUGCAAAUUAUUCCUAUUACAGAGCUUUCAGUGUCGGUGGUUCUAACAAAAAGUAAUUUUAUUUUGAUAUAAAUCAGAUAUAGUUUUAUCUGAUGUUGGUAUUGCAUCCUUGUACGUUUGUAUGUUUACUAGGCCAUGAGAGUACUGUUGAGUCAAUCCUUGUCCAGUUGUUUCUCUUUAAAAUGCUUUGAAUACAUGAAAUACUGCAGUUAAUAUCUUAAAAUGAGUUAUUCAUUUUAAGUUAUUUAACCUUAAAUUAAUAAUACUGAAAUCUGUAAUGGACCGAAUUUCAUCUGGUGCACGUUUUAGUUCUGGAAGACUAAUCUAAAAAUCAAAGUUGCAGCUUUGAAUUUAUGAAGCAUGAUUGUUUUCUCUACAGGAGAGGAGUUUUUUGUUUUGUUUUGUUUUUUGCAGUUUGAUUUAUUUUGACAAUUAUAUUUUAUUGUCGUAUCAUGUACCAAUGCAUAAAGCUGUAGAAUGUUUGUAGGUUUAUGUUUCAUUAAGUUAAUAAUCAUAAGUUAAUCAAGGAAGUGUAUGUAUGAGUUAUAUUUGAUUGUUUUAACAUGGGCCAUUUAUUGAGACCCACCAUUAUCUGCCUCUUUAUCUACCAAAAUGUGCACUAGAGUUUAUGUACUGACCUGUGUUCUGUUAACAUCAGCAAAGCCCUAAUAUUCACCCAAUUUGCAUUCAAAUUGCAACUGGUUCUGAUGCACCCUGUGUUUAUUGCCUUUAUCUGCCUUGGUUAAAAAAGGCAGUUUUCCACAAUUAAAUAUUUAUAUACUCAUUAAUAUCACAGUAACACUUUUUCUUUCUGUGUCAUAGUAGUGCUAAUGUAUUAUUCCAUUAACCCUCACAAUUUUCACAAAAAUAUAGUACACAUUUUUUUUUUGUAAUAAUUUAACAGCAUAUUUCAAAAUAUAUAUUUUUUUGUAUGCAUUUUUAUUUGUGAUGAGAUGGUAUAAUCAGAUGAGUCUUACUGGGUUUUUGCCUUUUUUUUUUUUUUUUUCAGCGUGCUUAAAAUACACUUGGAAAUGUUAAUUUUGCUUAAAACAGACUCAGUGCAGUGAUAAUGGAGUUGAAGUGCAGACUGUCAGAUUAUAGUUUAUGUCAGUCUAGUUUUAUUUACUAGUAUUUUCAAUUACGUAAGCCUGAAAUAAUGACUAUGAUCUAAUGUUCACUACUUUUGAACAUUGCACUAAAUCUUUCUAAGCUUGAGAUGAAGCAAUACUGAAGAUGUUUCUAGAAAGUGUAUUUUCAUGUAUGCCUACAUUGGAUGUCCCUUGUGUGUUUCUGCAUGGCAGGUCUGAUGAUAUUAGUUGUACAUUUUCAUGCAUUGUGAUUCAAUCCUGUUCAAUGUACCAGUAAAACACUACAUGGGUAGUAGUGCGAGACAAUGUUUCUAGGAAAAACAAAACGGAAAGGUUUCUUGUGAAUGUUAAAGAAUGCUUAAUUUAGUUUGGAUGUCAACUAUUUGAAGACUGUACAAUAUCUUUUUUUUUUUAUACCAAGUGUUUUGUUUUAUGUCCUGGCACAUUUGCUGGCAUCAGGGUGCACAGAUGAUAGUGUGUGUGUGAUUAUUUUCAUCUUGAGAGCUGGAGAAAAGGGUUCCAUCUUGAGCCCCAAAGACUGAACUGAUUCACAAAGUGAUGGACAUUUGUACCAGACCAAUGGGAUUUUAGAUUUAGACCUCCUGAACACUAAUUCUGGAUUUUUUUUUUU